UCCUUUUUGUAUGACAAAAAUUUAUCGACUACUUUUUAAGCCCUCAACAUCAAGCAUGACAUGGGGUCGGGGAAAAAAAAAAAAGCAUUAAUCUUUGAUUGAAAUUAAUUUUUGAUUUUUUUUUAAAAAAAAAAAAAAAAAAAAAAAAAAUUAACGUGAAUUUACUUUGGUGUUAAAACGAGGGAACCCUUGGAGCCAAGUCAGAGUGGGACUUAUUUUGCGGCCUUUCCACCUUUUCUUUCUUUUUAAAUAACCUUUUUUUCUUCCUUAAUGGGGUUAUUAAUUGAGUCACUAACCGCAACCGACUUAAGCGGAAAAACUAUUUAACGGCUACUUGUCACUUGAAACUUUCAAAUAUUUGAAACUCCUGAGAAUUCUAUGCCAAACAGUUCCAAGAAGAGGGAGACAGGCACCAUUAUCAUCAUCAUCUCAGAGAAGAACACAAAGCUCUUCGAAAUUGGAAUCUUCAUUAACUGGAGUAAAGAUGAACGAUCUCAUGACAAAAUCGUUCUUAAGUUAUGUUGAACUGAAAAAACAAGCCCAUUUGGAUCUUGAAACAAAAAGGGACUUAGAGAUGGGCCAACUCAGCCGUACAGAUGAAGAAAAUCUUUCCAACUUCUUCCCUGAAAUCGAGGCAGUGAAGGGUAACAUUGAAGAGAUUACUAAUCUCUUAAUUGAUCUUCAAAAUCUGAAUGAAGAAACAAAAACUACUCAUGGUCCGAAAAUCCUUCGUGGCCUUAGAGACAGAAUGGAUUCUGAUAUGGUAUCUGUCCUUCGCAAAGCCAAGAUUGUCAAGGCAAAACUUGAAGCACUUGAUAAAUCUAAUGUCGCUAAUCGGAAACUAUCAAUGGCGUAUGCAGAAGGGACUGUUGUUGAUCGAACGAGAGUUAACAUGACUAAUGGAUUGAGGAUCAAGCUAAGGGAUAUCAUGAAUGAUUUUCAGGCUUUGAGGGAAAAAAUCUUAUCGGAUUACAAAGACUGCCUUAAAAAAAGAUAUUUCAAUGAGACGGGUAACGAGCCAACAGAGGAAGUGAUUGAGAAGAUGGUGUCGGAAGGAAGUGGGAAAGUUGAAAUAUUUGCAGAAAAAGGAGAGAUGAAUCUUGAGGACAAAGAUAGGCAUGAGGCUGUAAUGGACAUAAAAAGGAGCCUGGAUAAACUUCAUCAAGUUUUUCUUGAUAUGGCUGUUCUAGUUGAGACUCAAAGUGAACAGAUUGAUGACAUUGAGCAUAAUGUGGCCAUUGCUGGAAGCUUCAUCAGUGGUGGAACCAACAGUCUUUUCUAUGCUAAGCAGCACCAGAAGAAGGGAAGGACAUGGUUAUGUUGGGUAUGGGCAGUGGUGUUGAUCAUUUUUAUUGUCUGCUUAAUUGCUACUUUGAUCUCUUGACAAUAUUUUUUACUAGUCUUGGAAACACAAUGUCAAUUUG